CGCCAGUCGCGGCGGGCCGAGCUCCUCCCGGCGCGGCUCCGCCUGCGCGCGCGCCCCGCCCCGCCCCGCCUUCCCUCGGCGCGGCUCCUCCGGCGCGCGGGCAGCAUGGCGGCCGUGGAGACGCGCGUGUGCGAGACGGCCGGCUGCAGCCGCGAGGCCAAGCUGCAGUGUCCCACCUGCAUCAAGCUGGGCAUCCAGGGCUCGUACUUCUGCUCGCAGGAAUGUUUUAAGGGAAGUUGGGCUACUCACAAGUUACUACAUAAGAAAGCAAAAGAUGAAAAGGCAAAGAGAGAAGUGUCUUCCUGGACGGUAGAAGGUGAUAUUAACACUGACCCGUGGGCGGGUUAUCGGUAUACUGGUAAACUCAGACCGCAUUAUCCCCUGAUGCCAACAAGGCCAGUGCCAAGUUAUAUUCAAAGACCAGAUUAUGCUGAUCAUCCCUUAGGAAUGUCUGAAUCUGAACAGGCUCUUAAAGGUACUUCGCAAAUUAAAUUACUCUCAUCUGAAGAUAUAGAAGGGAUGAGACUUGUAUGUAGGCUUGCUAGAGAAGUUUUGGAUAUUGCUGCUGGGAUGAUUAAACCAGGUGUAACUACUGAAGAAAUAGAUCAUGCUGUACACUUAGCAUGCAUUGGAAGAAAUUGCUACCCUUCUCCCCUGAAUUAUUAUAAUUUCCCAAAGUCUUGUUGUACCUCAGUAAAUGAAGUCAUCUGCCAUGGAAUCCCAGACAGACGGCCCUUGCAAGAAGGUGAUAUCGUUAAUGUGGACAUCACUCUUUAUCGCAAUGGUUACCACGGAGACUUGAAUGAGACGUUUUUUGUUGGCGACGUGGAUGAGGGAGCCCGGAAACUCGUGCAGACCACCUACGAGUGCCUGAUGCAGGCCAUCGAUGCAGUGAAACCUGGUGUUCGAUACAGAGAGCUGGGAAACAUUAUUCAGAAGCACGCCCAGGCAAAUGGGUUUUCAGUUGUUCGCAGCUACUGUGGGCAUGGAAUCCACAAGCUUUUUCAUACAGCCCCCAAUGUACCCCACUAUGCCAAAAAUAAAGCAGUUGGAGUGAUGAAGUCGGGCCAUGUAUUUACAAUUGAGCCAAUGAUUUGUGAAGGUGGCUGGCAGGACGAGACCUGGCCGGACGGCUGGACGGCGGUGACGCGGGACGGGAAGCGGUCGGCGCAGUUCGAGCACACCCUGCUGGUCACGGACGCCGGCUGCGAGAUCCUCACCCAGCGGCUCGACACCCCGCGGCCGCACUUCAUGUCCCAGUUUUAAUUCCUCCCGCGGUGGCACGUCUCAGUGGCACCUUCUCGCUGUGCCGUGCAUUUUAUCGAUGGCACAGACAGGCGGAGGAACCUUUUUUAUCACUUGUUUUGUUCUGACCGUAGGUAAGGAAGGCCCGCAGCAUUGGCCGCGUGUCUCGAGGCCUGGGCCUAGGUCUGAAGAGCCGGGAAGCGGACGGAGACGCCGCUCAGCUCCUUUCACUGCUGCCCCGCCCGUCUCUGUGCACCUCUCCUCUUGGCCCUCUCAGCACUUUGACCCAAACCUGCUUCUAGUUGCUUUUGUCACUGCCACACGCCGGCCGCCAGGAGCCAGCUGCUUUUCAGGUGAACGCUGGAGAGGAGAAUCCUUGAAACUUCAGCAAUAUGUGUUGCACCAGAUUUUUAAAAUUAUAUAUAUGGAGAUAUAUACACGUGUACAUUUUAAAUCCCAUGUACGCAGUUGCCAGCCGCGCCCUGGGGUUGCUUGGCUCUGCCCUGACCGCGCGCUGCCCUCGCAGACGGGCCCUUAGUUUGCAGUGACCUGAGUCCCGGUUGGGACUCGCCCCCGCCCGUGCUGGUGGCUCACACGCGCGGCGGUGUGUCGGGAAGCACUCAGUGAGAUUUUUCUCCAGUGUGCACUCCGUGUGUGUCCGUGAAUGAAUGUGAUAAAAUUCACUUUGGAAGGAGGAUAUCAGGCUCUUAAAAGUCUAGUUUUUGGCAAAAAAUGACCAUGCGCCAAGCGGUGGCCGGCUGUUGCAGGGCGUGAGAACUUGAUAAUACACUCUGUUUCAGACCCUGCUUGGACAGAAGUGGGAGGGAAAAGUCCCUUCUGUUCCCUUCUCUAUCUUGUCUCAAGGCCGGGCCUUGGAGACACCCGGGGAAGGGUGGAGCACUGCCGAGGAUGGCGGGGAAAGGGCUCUACAGUGUGUCAAGUGGGCCCAGGAUUCUAACCCGUAGCAAACCUGGGAGUGAUGAGAGAGGACCUUCUUUGUACUGUAACUUGCAGCAGGGACGUGGCUGGCUGUGUGUGCUGAACACACCUUGCCUUUACGUAGGGGGAACCUCGUUAGAAUUGACCUCAGCUGCCCAGUGUCCGUUCCUUUCAGCCGUUGUCCAAAUCCGAGUGUAUGCGAUAAAAACAGAUCCUAAAGUCAUUGUCAUUAGAGUGUACUUGAUUACCCAAAUCCGAUGACUCUCUUGUAAUAUAAUUUGAUACCACUGACAUUAUACUUGUAAGAAAACAUCUUUCCCAGAGUGCCUCAGACCUUAUUGCUUUAAAAUAAUUAUAAUAAUGUUUUCAUUACUUUUAUUAUUUUAAUGAUUUAGCGAAGUGACUGAAUCCGGUAUAGACUUGGGGGUAUGUGUGUGAAGUUUUUAUCAAACUGUAAUAUUUGUGAAUGGAAUGCCUUGCAAUAUGAAUGUUAAUAUAAUGUGUAAAGGGAGAUUAAAAAGUUUGAUUAUCCUA